CGUCUGUUGUGGCAAGUAGUGUUUUCGAAUGGCGAGAAAGAAGUUGACGUGUAAGUCAAAGAUAGUAGAUGUGUGAAAGAGCGUGUAAAAGCUAUUGAGUUGUGUAUAUUGUAAGGUAGAUAUGAAUUCAUUUAAGAGAGAGAAAAAAGAAGAAGAGGAAGGUGGCGGAAACCCAUUUCAGAAUAUUGAGAAGACCACAGUUCUGCAAGAAGCCCGAACGUUCAAUGACACGCCGGUGAACCCAAGAAAAUGUACACACAUACUUACAAAGAUACUUUAUCUGCUCAACCAGGGGGAGCAGCUGGGCACAACAGAGGCCACCGAAACAUUUUUUGCGAUGACCAAAUUAUUCCAAUCUCGUGACGUUAUUUUACGUCGAAUGGUAUAUUUAGGUAUAAAGGAGCUCUCAUCCAUCGCAGAGGACGUCAUUAUUGUGACCUCAAGUCUGACUAAGGAUAUGACUGGAAAAGAAGAUUUAUACAGAGCGGCUGCUAUAAGAGCACUGUGCAGCAUCACGGACGUUACAAUGCUGCAAGCCAUAGAACGGUACAUGAAGCAAGCAAUAGUAGAUAGAAAUGCAGCUGUCAGCAGUGCUGCACUUGUGAGUAGUCUUCAUCUCACAAAAAUAGCUGGUGAUGUCAUUAAAAGAUGGGUAAAUGAAGCUCAAGAAGCUGUUAAUUCUGACAGUGUUAUGGUCCAGUACCACGCUCUUGGAGUGCUGUAUCACAUUAGAAAAUCAGACAGGCUCGCAGUUACCAAGCUAGUGGCCAAGCUGACACGUAUGGCUCUGAAGUCUCCUUAUGCUGUUUGCAUGUUGAUACGUAUUGCAUGCAAAUUGUUGGAAGAAGAAGAUAGUGUGGGCAGUGGUGGAUCUUCAGAUUCACCUUUGCUUGAAUUUAUUGAUUCAUGCCUGCGACAUAAAUCUGAAAUGGUAAUUUAUGAGGCAGCCCAUGCCAUUGUCAACCUCCGUCGCACAACCUCCAGGGAACUUGCACCAGCUGUAGGUGUGCUGCAACUCUUUUGUUCCAGUCCAAAGCCAACACUCCGAUUUGCAGCUGUCAGAACACUCAACAAGGUGGCUAUGACUCAUCCAACAGCAGUUACAGCUUGCAAUAUGGAUCUCGAAAGUCUUAUAACUGAUUCGAAUCGAUCAAUCGCCACACUUGCCAUUACAACGUUACUGAAGACUGGUGCAGAAUCCUCUGUUGAUAGAUUGAUGAAGCAGAUUGCUAGCUUUGUCAGUGAGAUCAGUGAUGAAUUCAAGAUUGUUGUUGUUCAGGCUAUACGAGCACUGUGUCUGAAGUUCCCUCGCAAACACAGUGUGUUGAUGAAUUUCCUGUCAGCCAUGCUUCGUGAUGAGGGAGGAUUGGAAUACAAAGCUUCAAUUGCCGAUACAAUUAUCACCAUCAUUGAAGAAAAUCCUGAAGCAAAGGAAACAGGUCUCGCCCAUCUCUGUGAAUUCAUAGAAGAUUGUGAGCACACAAGUCUUGCUGUUCGUAUUCUUCAUUUGUUGGGUAAAGAAGGGCCUCGAACAAAGCAGCCGUCGAGGUACAUAAGAUUUAUUUAUAAUCGUGUAAUAUUGGAAAAUGCCAUGGUCCGAGCAGCAGCUGUUGCAGCAAUGGCACAGUUUGGAGCUGCCUGCCCUGAUCUAUUGCCUAACAUCCAGGUUUUACUGGCUCGAUGUCAAAUGGAUUCCGAUGAUGAGGUGCGAGAUCGUGCUACAUACUACCACAGUAUUCUUGAGAAACAAGACCGCUCACUGGCAAAUCAGUACAUCAUUGAAGGCCUUCAGGUUUCAAUUCCUGGCUUGGAACGUGCCUUACAUCAAUAUAAUCUCAAUCCCACUGAUUCACCGUUUGACAUGAAGUCAGUUCCUCUAGCUCCCACUCCAUCUGCUGACGAUCUAGCUGCUAAAGGAGGUGCUGCACCUGAUGGCAUGCUUAUAACACCAGGCUUACCAGGUGUAAAAGCUCCAACAGCGGCAGCAACAGCAGCAGCCACAGUUGCUGUCAGUCGUGAGGAGGCAUACCUCGAGAAAUUACGUUCUGUUCCUGAACUGGCACCCCUAUGUGCUUCGUUGUUCCGCAGUUCUGAGCCGGUGGAGCUUACAGAAUCAGAAACUGAAUAUGUUGUAAGGUGUGUGAAGCACAUAUUUCCCCAACAUCUUGUACUUCAGUUUGACUGCCUGAAUACUCUCGAUGAUCAACUCCUGGAAAAUGUGCGUGUGCAGCUUGAACCUGCUGAAGGGUAUGAAAUAUUGAAGGAGAUACCUUGUCGUCGCUUGCCUUAUAAUGAAACAGGCACAGCAUAUGUAAUCCUGAAAUUCCCAAAGGACUUGUCAUCAUCUGUUGGUACUUUCAGUGCUACUCUUAAGUUUGUAGUCAAAGAUUGUGAUCCUACAACUGGUCAACCAGAUUCUGAAGAAGGUUAUGAUGAUGAGUACAUGUUGGAGGAUGUUGAAGUAACUCUCAGUGACCAAAUCCAGAAGGUUAGCAAAGUAAAUUUUGGUGCUUCGUGGGAUGAAGCAGCAGAAGCAUAUUGUGAAAUGGAGGAUAUUUAUGCACUAUCAAGCAUGAAUACACUGGAAGAGGCUGUGAAAUCCAUUAUCAACUUCCUUGGCAUGCAGCCAGCUGAGAGGUCAGACAGAGUACCUGAAGGAAAGUCAGCACACACAUUGUUUCUGGCAGGGGUGUUUCGCGGAGGUCAUGAUAUGCUGGUCCGAGCGAAAUUAGCACUUGCUGAAGGUGUCACAAUGCAGCUGACAGUAAGAUCAACUAGUGAAGAUGUAGCAGAACUAGUGACUUCAUUAGUAGGAUAGCAGUGUUGCUGUGUGUGUAUGUAUGUUAUUUUAUAGUAUAUUAAAUAUUUAUACAUAGUAUUUACUUAUAUUAUGCGGCAAUAUUUCCAACAUUACUGUGAUUUGUGAUAUAUUCCAAUUCACUAUGGAAAAUAAAAGUUAACUUUUUUAGAAA